UUGAAGGCGCGUCAAUAGUUUGCUUAAUAAACAUUUAAAAAACAACUAUUCAAUAAAAUAUUCUUCAAGUGCUGAAAGGGAAGUAAUUAAAUCGUACAAUUCACGUUUACAAGCAUGAUUCAUGAAGUGCUGCUCUCGUGUCUUAAUUUACAAUCAAAGCGUCUAUCGCUGGAAGAUUUCACCGCGCCAGAUGUUACAGCUUUCCUGCAUCCGUGUGAAAAGUACGUACUUCAGGAUAUAGUCACAAUCAUAAAUUUGUUACGUGACAUAGAAAAAUUCGCAAAGGUAUGUGGCAGUAAUAACAGUUGCAAUCGGAGUGUAUUAAUCUUCGACACAGAUGAGCCACUACAGAAGGGACUUUAUUUGAAAGCAUUCGCUAAUGGCAUCGACACAAUUUUAAAGGAUUAUUUCAUAGACAUUACAGCGCUUGAAAAAAGUUAUCUGCAAAAUCCAAAAAAUUUCUCUCUUCUAUUUAUCUACCGCAAUUUGAAAUCAUAUGAACCACUGGCGCUUUACUUGCGGAUGCUUAUUCGGGUUAUACGCACUCAAAAACUACAUGGCUGCGGAAUUAUGCAGUACUUGCACCAAAAUGGCGAACAUGGUGAUCAGAAAAUACGCUUAGCCAUAAAAACAUUACAGCUGGCAGUAAAUGUAGUGUUCUUUAAACAACUAACGCAUUGGAUACUCUACGCCAAAAUAAUAGAUACUUAUGGCGAAUUCUUCAUACAGUGCUCAGAAGGUCACCUCAAUAGUGCAGCGGAGAGUGACACCAGUAAAUGCGCUAGCACAGAGAGCGGAAAACAUGCCAGCACUAUAACUACGCUGUCGAAAGUGGCCAGCACCUAUGCGGAUAUAUGGCGCUACGAAAUAUGCUAUGAUCUACUACCACAUUACCUACCCCCGGGCUGGGCUGAAAAAGUACUUUUUAUUGGCCAAACUAUACUCAUCUUUAAAGCUGAUGCGAAUAAACACAAAAAUCUAACGCAAAACUGGAAUAAAACCGAGCACACCGAUUUGGAAGAUGAAAGUUCGCUGAGCAACGAAAAGGAGCAUAUUUAUUUUGGCAAAAUUCAAAUGUUGCAAAACGAUGAGGAAUUGAAUGUGCAACAUUACGAAAGUAUUGUUAACGAAAUUAAAACGUACGUUACUACACGACUAUCUGAAAUCGCCAUAAAUCAGGCAGAUUUGGUGCAACAAUUAAGACUUAUGAAGGACUUUUUCCUACUGGGUAGGGGCGAAUUGUUCUUGGAGUUCUUACGCCUAACAUAUAACAUUGGCAAAGAUAAAUAUAAUGAAAAUAAGGUGCAUGACUUUGUAAAAGCAUUUGAAUCGGCAGCGCACGGUGUUGGCGUCUCUGAAGACUUGGAACGUUUCUCUUUGAGUAUCGCAAAACCGCUGAUGCAAGGCAGCAGUUCUAAAGAACUGGAACACAAUUUCUUGCAGUAUAUGCAGCUUAAUUAUAAAAUUAAUUGGCCGCUACAUUUAUUGUUUUCACCAAAGGUGAUGGAACAUUACAAUAUUCUAUUUCGUUUUCUGCUUUUGAUAAAGAAGAUGCAGUUUGAGCUCCAUAUGCUAUGGAGUAAUAAUGUACGCCGUUCAAAAAUGAACACUCCUGAAAACAUAAAAUUAACAAAUCUUCUCAACCAACUGAUGUUUUUCAUCGACAAUUUGCAGUACUACAUACAAGUCGAUGUAUUGGAGAGCCAAUUCAGCAUACUUUUAAAUACAAUACUGAACAAAGCUGACUUUGAGGAAAUACAGAAAGCGCACAGCAUAUUUUUGACCAAUAUACGUUUUCUUUGUUUCCUAUUAACGAAUGAAGAAACUAUGAAAAUAAAUAUAAAUCAAUUUAUAAUAUCGCAAUCAAAUAAUCCAAUUUAUAAUGUCCUCAUCGAUGUGUUCAAUUUGUGCGAUAAUCUCAGUAUGAUUUUGGGGCAAGAAUUGUCUAUGUCGAAAACUUACGACCAAAUUGAUAAACUGGAUGAACGCUUUGGCAUCUUAAUGGAUCAAUUAAUGAAUUAUUUAAUCUCAUUAAAAACAAAUCCGAAUACGACGCCUUUAACACAACUGCUCCUGCGCUUAGAUUUCAAUCACUGGUUCAGCACAAAGAAAAAGCAAACGCUUGCUUAAAAGUGCCAAACUUAUUAGAGUUAUUUAAUGUUAUUAAGUCAUUUCUUACAAUUUAUUUAAAU